GUUUGCUUUGUUUUUAUUGGCUGCUGUUCUUUAAUCUGCGGUUGCUGUGCUUAGUUGGGUUGAUUGAUUGCUUACAUUGAAAUCAAAUUGAAAACUGAAAGCAGGGAAAAACACAUGUACAAAGUUCACAGUUUAUACCUACCUACUUGAAUUAAAAACUUAUAAUUUUGUUAUUGUUCUAAGAUCAAAGUUCAAAGCAAAAACUGAUAAUUCCGACAAGGAUAUUUAAGUAUAAUAAGACUGCAUAUCUGUAAAACUGCAAGAUUUAUCACCUCUGUAUUAUUUGUGCCAUGUACUAUGGUUGAUUGUUGAACCGCCGAACAAGUGUAAAAACCUUGGAUAUUUUAUGUGAAUACUUGGAGAUGCAGUCCUUAUUCAGUUAUGAGACCCUGGUUCAUGCUAUCGCAGGAGCGACGGGUAGUGUGGUUGGCAUGGCAGCAUUCUAUCCCCUGGAUACACUAAGGUCGCGGUUGCAAGUUGAAGAUUCCAAUAAGCUGCAAGGAUCGUCCUGGGAACUAUUACUCAAACUUGCAAACGAAGAAGGGAUUGAUUCAUUGUAUCGUGGUUUGGCACCAGUGCUUCAGUCACUAUCAGUGUCAAAUUUCAUAUAUUUCUACACAUUCCAUUCACUACGAAGAGUAUUUUACAAAGACACAUCUGCUUUAAAAGACCUCCUGAUUGGAUCAGUUGCUGGAAGUAUAAAUGUUAUAGUUACUACUCCUCUUUGGGUAGUUAAUACACGGAUGAAGUUGGAACCAAAAUCUUACAAAACUCUUUUACAUGGGCUGAUAGAAAUUUCAAGGACAGAAGGUCCCAAGGGUUUGUGGUCAGGAACUUUACCUUCAUUAAUACUGGUUUCUAACCCAGCAAUUCAGUUUAUGGUUUAUGAAUAUUUGAAGAGACAUUUCACAGCCAAAGGCAGCUUUGAUACAUAUUCAGCAUUUUUAAUUGGUGCAGUUGCCAAAGCAAUAGCUACAACUUUAACUUAUCCACUACAAUUAGUGCAAUCUCGGCUUCGAGCUGGUACCAGCCUUAAGCCUUUAUGGAAAGACGUUAAAUCCAAACCAUCUGUUCUGUUUCGUGGGCUGGAAGCUAAACUCUUACAGACAGUCAUGACAGCAGCUUUAAUGUUUUUCAUAUAUGAAAAAGUAGUUCGUUUAGUAUUGGUCAUAAUGAGGGUGAGGAUAUCUAAGCGGUAAAUGGGGUGGAGGGAAGUGUGGCUGUUUUCACCAGUAUUAUAUGUAGGGUAUGGGCUAUAGGGAUAGAUAAUAAUUCUGUGCAAUGGACUAUUUUCUAUUAUUGUGUGAUGUAAGUUUACAAGUAGUAACCAUGACAAGAAUAUUUAAACAGUUAAACACAUUAUUUGUUAUUCUAAUUUUUAAUCUAGCUAGAGGCAAGGCUUUUUGACAAUGAAGUUUAAUUAAGUAUGCAAAUAGAUUUGUCGGAAACCAAUAGAAUAAUAAUGUGACUAAAUAUUGGAAUUGUUUUGCUCAAUUUUAACCAAAAGUGAGAACUUAUUCUAUAUCUCUUGUACUAAACUUAAUUUAUAGGAACGGAAGAAAAGUAUUCUUAAUUGGAAAUAAGUAAAAAUAAAACCAGUUAAGUAGCCUAUAUCUAUAGGGCUGCUAAAUUUUCUAUUAAUUGCUGUCAACCACAUACUUUGGACAAAUCAAAUAAGAGUUUAUGGCUUUACCAAAUAUGUACAUAUAGUAGAAGUACUACAUUACUUUUAUACUGUACCAUAUUCUACUAAUCUUCUCAUUAUAUAUGUGGGUGUUAAAAAAAUGCAUUCACUUUGAACAGUGUAGUUAUAUCUAACAGUUAAGGGGCAGAUGUAAUGUUUGUUUAUUUUAUUUCAAUAAUUUUAUGCAUUAUGAAUUGGGGUGUUAAUAAAAAAUUUCAUCAUCGAAA